AUGAAACCUUUACCAUUCCCCCUUCCCCUCCGCAUCGGCACAGACAUAGUCCACACUCCCCGAAUAUCCCGCCUCCUCAACCGCGCCGACUACCUAACGCGCUUCACCCGGCGCAUCCUCGACCCCCAAGAACAAGCCGACUUCACAACGCGCUUCAAAGAAACCCUCGCACUACAUGGCACUUCCACCAAUCCACCAAUCACGGCUGACAUGACGCGCUGGUUAGCUGGUCGGUUCGCGGCGAAAGAAGCUGCGCGCAAAGCUGCGCCCGAAGGCGCGGCCGAGAUUGGAUGGAAGGAUGUGGUUGUUAGGGCGCAAGGGGGUAUUGGAAAUAAGGAGGAUAAGAGCUCGAUUCCGGAGAUUGUGUAUUGGCCUGAGGGGAGAAGUGGGAACCCGGGAAGUGUGGGGAGGCUUUCAAUUUCGCAUGAUGGGGAGUAUGCCUUUGCUACGGUGCUGGCGUGGACUGGAGAUGUGCAUUCGCAUUCGCAUCCGCAGCUGAAAGGGAAGGAGGAGAAGGGGAAGGAGAAGAAACACAAAGGUCCGAAGAUGGAAGACAAUGAAGACCCGGGCAAAUGA